UACCGAUUGAACAAGCGAAAAGACCAAGACGGCGGACUCAGCGACUUGGCUUUCCAAAAACGUUUCAUAUUUACGAUCUUACAGCCAUUUACAUUCAAAUGUAACAUCAUAUACCUUAAGAUUGGUCUUUUCCCAAAGUCUGCAAAAUGGAAGUUGACGUUGGAACGGUGAAGUGCUACCUGAAGUGAAGAUUGAAGACGUGAUAGUGGAUGGACGACUACUGCUAUGCUAAGAUGGUGACGUCAUGUCAAAGAGAAAGUGAAAGAGAGUCAGAAACGGAUAAAAAGAUGAAAACUACGGACGAAGACAUCCAGCAGCUGAUUGGUCAUCCAGAAGAACUUCCCCCUCAGUCAGAGGUGAGCUCCACUUUGAAGCAGGAGACUCCACAGCCACCUCACAUUAAAAAGGAAGAGGAAGAACUCUGGAUCACUCAGGAGGGAGAGUGUCUUCUCGGACAUCAGGAAGCUGAUUACACCAAGUUGCCGCUGACUGUUGUUUCUGUGAAGACUGAAGAUGACGAAGAGAAACCACAAGCAAACAAUCUCUUAGCUCCACUAUCAGAUAGUGAGGCUGAAGACGGGGUUGAAGUAACUUUGAGCAGCGAAACAGACUCUAAAGGUGAUAUAGAGACUGACCGCAAAUACUUUGCGUCUUCGAAAAAGAAGCAAGGUAAAAAAUGUUUGACGCGCUCAGUUUGUUCGAAAACCUUUAGUAGAAAGAGCCAUUUGACUCAACACAUGAAAACACCCACAGGACAAAAAACAUUUGAUUGUUCAGUUUGCGAUAAAAGCUUCUCCCAAAAGAGCAAUCUGACCGAUCACAUGAGAACGCACACAGGAGAAAAACCCUUUAGUUGUUCAGUUUGUGGUAAAAGCUUUACUAUCAAAAAUAAUUUGACUCAACACAUGAGAACGCACACAGGAGAAAAACCAUUCACCUGUUCAGUUUGCGGUAAGAGCUUUUCUCAAAAAAAUAAUUUGACUCAGCACAUGAGAACACACACGGGAGAAAAACAAUUCCAUUGCUUAGUUUGUGGUAAAAGCUUUACUAAAAAGUGCCAUUUGACUCAACACUCGGGUACACACACUGGACUGAAACCAUUCAGUUGCUCAGUUUGUGGUAAACGCUUUUCUCGUAACGGCGAUUUGACUCAACACACGAGAACACACACGGGUGAGAAACCACUGAAUUGUGUAGUUUGUGGUAAAAGUUUUUCUCGAAACAGCGAUUUGACUCAACACAUGAGAACGCACACAGGAGAAAAACCAUUCAACUGUCUCGUUUGUGGGAAAAGCUUUUCCCAGAAGAACAGUUUAACGGAACAUAUAAGAACACACACGGGGGAAAAACCAUUUAAAUGCUUAGUUUGUUGUAAAAGCUUUAUUAAAAAGUGUAGUUUGGUUCGACACAAGAGAACACACACUGGAGAAGAUGCAUUUAGUCGUUCAGUUUGUGGCAAGAGUUUUUCUCCAAAAAAUAAUUUGACUCAACACAUAAAAACACACACGUGAGAAUAAUCAAUUAGCUGUUUCAUUUGUGGUAUGUUGCUCGUAUAUUUCCACAUUUACCCAAACCCAGGACCUCCUCAAAAUAAGUUCACUGCUCACAAAUAUGUAAAGGCUUCGUACAAAGUAGAAUUGAUUAUCUGGAGCAUAAUCUUAUCUUCUGCGUGUAUGAAACGUCCAUGAAUAGCAAGAUAGAUGAUGCUUGUAGUGCUUGGUUACUCCUUCUGCAGAUUAGAGAGACCUGAGGAAUUGUGUCUUCUUCCGUGAUGCUUUCACCGCCCGACUUUGAACGCCAACAACAUGACUCGAUCUGCCUGAAACUACACCUUCCAGGUCACCUGGUGUUCAUGCUUUGUGUCUACAGACCAAAAUCAGAUGAUGCCUCAAUGUACACAGAAUCUCUCCAACUCUGCAGUCCAAAAGCAGCCCAGUUCUCUCAACCAUGAAAAUCUGUCCCAAAAAUGUUAUUCCGGCACUUCAAAAACUAAUGGCCCUGAUGAAAUCUCAGCAACUGUACUUAAAAUCCGUGUGGUGAAGAUUGGCCCAGUACCUGCCAAGCUCUUCCAGAUUUUCCUGGACACAAAGACAGUUCAAUCCUUCUGGCUAUGUGCCCAUAUGAUCCACCUAAGCAAGGAAAAUAGCAAGAUCUGUUGAACUAUAAGCCAACAUCCCUGCUACCUAUUAUAUCCACAGCUUAAUAUGCGACCACAUUCACAAACAUCAAAUUUAAUCUGAUAACAAGUACGGACUAUGUGAGAAGCCAUCUACAAUUGAAAUGUUUUCUUAUGUCCCCCAGUGGUGGAACAAUGUUCUCAGCAAAAAUUGGGAGUACUUGUCUUAGAUGUAAAUAAAGUUUUUGAUCGUCUAAGGCAGUGGUUCUCAACCUUUUUUCAUUUAUGUACCCCCUGUGAACAUUUUUUUAAAUUCAAGUACCCCCUAAUCAGAGCAAAGCAUUUUUGGUAAAAAAAAAAAAAAAAUCCAUCCAUUUCUACCGCUUAUUCCCCUUUGGGGUCGCGGGGGGCGCUGGUGCCUAUCUCAGCUACAAUCGGGCGGAAGGCGGCGUACACCCUGGACAAGUCGCCACCUCAUCGAAGGGCCAACACAGAUAGACAGACAACAUUCACACACUAGGGACCAUUUAGUGUUGCCAAUCAACCUAUCCCCAGGUGCAUUAGGAAGCCGGAGGGAACCCACGCAUUCACGGGGAGGACAUGCAAACUCCACACAGAAAGAUCCCGAGCUCGGGAUUGAACCCUGACUACUCAGGACCUUCGUAUUGUGAGGCAGACGCACUAACCCCUCUUCCACCGUGAAGAAAAUACGGCACUAUGUCAUCAGUUUCUGAUUUAUUAAAUUGGAUAACAGUGCGAAA